AUGGCCAACUUCGCCCGACAAUACUCAUCCGCCUCCCCAGUGCUUGCAAUUCCACCACAGCCGUACUAUCAGACACAGCUAUCUGCAGGCACUUUUGGGCGGCACAAUUCGUCACCAAUGUCACUCAGCGCUGCCCAGUCGGCUCUAAUUGCCCCAGUACGAUCUACGGGACGGAAACGGUCUCGCGACGAGGCAUCGAUAAACCUAGAACCAGAUUUGCUGGACGUAGUGACCCAAGAUUCUCAGGAACACUGGGUAAACGGCCAAGGCAUGAUAUUGAGCAAAGCUGGCAAAGGUUGUGUCGCCGAUGCUUCUACCCAAUCUACCUUGUGGUUAGAAGACAAGAAUGAGCAAGAACACCAACCGAGGUACCAAAACGAAGCCAGCCAACCUCAAGUUCGAAGCCACAAGUCACAACGCCUAGAUCAAAAUUUAUCUCAUGCAACGCGCCCAAAAACAUCCAUCUCACCAUCUUCCUCGAAUUCUUGUCACAAAGGAUCUGCUGGCAAUGAUUUUUUGAGGAUCGACAAAUUUACCAUCCAUCUUGGUAUCGGCUGGAGAAAACUAAGUAGUGAGGAACAUAUUCAAGCUGCCGCACGGGGCUGGGCCAGGUUUAUCGAAAACAACUUUGCCUUGUCGAAAGUCAUUAUAUGUUUAGAGAGCAAAGGCCUCCAAUCCUAUCUCGUCGAGGCAUCCGAUGGCUACUACCUGUUCACUGAAAAUCUGCGUCAUGGCCGAUUGGUUAGCCGAACGGCUGAAGGAGCACUCCAAAACUUGCAGUUGUCUCCACCGAACUUUGAGGGCCCAGAGCUUGGUUUAAUGGCAGGAGGCGACCGGCAGAGCAAUGCCCUCACAGACUCGGCUAUGGUAAUAGAUUAG